AAGCCUGUGAGUCAGUUUGCAAACUGCCCCCAGAAACCUCUACUAUGUCCCUGGUGAGGUUCAAGGAGUUGGGGGAAGAGGAGUCCAAUUCAGAGGAGGAGAACCUGGAUAGUGUCAAGGCCUUGACAGCCAAGCUGAAGCUGCAAACACGCCGUCCUUCCUACCUGGAGUGGAAGGCCCGGGUGCAGAGCCUGUCAUGGAGAAACAGCUUGAAGGAUGGGGCCCUCCGAACCUUGAAAGAAAAGCAAGCCAGAGAGGUGGAGGAGGAAAAGCCCCAGACCCAGGAGUCACUGAAGACCAUCUGUGGGUUCCCCACCAUUGACGAUGCCUUGGAAUGGCUCCGGGUAGAGUUGCGGGAGAUGAAGGCCCUGGACCACCAGCUGGCCCGGCAACUGAUGGGCCUGCGUGGGCAGAUUCACCGGCUGAAGGUGGAGCAGGCCUGCCACCAACACAAGGAGAUGCUGGAUGACGCCACCUUUGGGCUGGAGGACUGUGAAGAGGACUCUGACCUGUUGUGCAACAUUCCACCAAAGGCUGCUUUUCUGCUCUCCAUGCCCCUCAAACAUAUUGGGGUCACACGUAUGAAUAUCAACUCACGCCGUUUCUCCCUCUGCUAAGAAGCUGUGUCCCCACCUAGGCUUGCUUUGGUCUGAACGUACUUUCAUGAGGAACAGGCAUC